AUGGGUAUUUUGGGGGGUGGGGGUGUCAGGAAGGGCUUCGGCACUAUAAGUGCAGCUGGUGGGAGGGGAUGGGGUGGAGGCGGAGGCGGAAGGAUCUCACUGAACUGUUACAGCAAACAAGAAGAUGUAAAAGUCACUUUGCAUGGUGGUCCAAGUAUUGGCUGCCCUUUGAAUGCUGGAGCAGCAGGUACUUAUUUCGACGCAUCUGUUCUGAGUUUAAGAGUUGGAAAUGACAACAUAACCACGGAAACAGAAACUCCUUUGCUGGAUUUUUCUACUAGCCCUCUGUGGUCAAAUGUUUAUGUGGAGAACAAUGCAAAAGUUCUGGUGCCCCUACUUUGGACCAGAGUUCAGGUUCGAGGCCAAAUUAGUAUACUUUGUGGGGGCAGCAUAAUCUUUGGGUUGACUGAGUAUCCAAUCUCUGAAUUUGAGCUUGUUGCAGAGGAACUUCUAAUGAGCAAUUCCAUCAUAAAGGUUUAUGGUGCAUUAAGAGUAGCUAUUAAAAUGUUACUCAUGUUGAACUCCAAGAUCCUAGUUGAUGGUGGCGGAAAUACUGUCGUUACUACUUCUGUCCUUGAAGUGAGGAAUCUUAUUGUUCUAAAGGAAAACUCCGUCAUUAGUUCGAAUGCAAAUUUGGCUGUUUAUGGUCAGGGGUUUUUGAAGUUGACAGGUCCGGGUGAUGCAAUCAAAGGGCAGCGACUUUCCUUAUCACAAUUUUAUAACGUAACUGUUGGGCCAGAGUCUUUACUUCAGGCUCCCUUGGAUGAUGAUAACAGUAGAAGCAUGGUAACCAAAUCCCUUUGUGAGAGUCCAGUAUGCCCAGUGGAUUUGAUAACUCCACCAGACGAUUGUCAUGUUAAUUAUACACUGUCCUUUUCACUACAAAUAUGCCGUGUUGAGGACAUAUUUGUGGAUGGCAUUAUUAAGGGAAGUGUUAUUCACAUUCACAGGGCCAGGACAGUGAGUGUCAGCACUGAUGGCAUGAUAACUGCAUCAGAAUUAGGUUGCAGAACAGGUGUUGGCAUGGGUAACUACUCAGAUGGAGCUGGUGGUGGUGCUGGACAUGGAGGAAGAGGGGGCUCUGGAUUUUUCAAUGGGAAAGUGAGUAAAGGUGGUAAUAAAUAUGGUAGUGCUGAUCUUCCCUGUGAGUUGGGAAGUGGAACUGAGGGCCCUAAUGAGACCUCUGGACGUAUGGCUGGAGGGGGAAUGAUCGUGAUGGGAUCCGAUCAAUGGCCACUUUCAAGGCUUACUAUUUACGGAACUAUGAGUGCUGAUGGUCAAAGCUAUGUCACAGAGACAGGAAACAGUAAUGACACUCUCAUGGGUGGACUUGGUGGAGGUUCUGGUGGGACAAUUCUACUUUUCCUUCAAGCUCUUACCCUCGAGUACAACUCCUCUUUGUCUGUUGUAGGGGGCUAUGGUGGCCCUUAUGGUGGCGGCGGUGGUGGGGGCGGAAGAGUUCAUUUUCACUGGUCUAAGAUAGAUGUGGGAAAUGAAUAUGUUCCUCUUGCAACUAUAAAUGGUACCAUCAUCCAAAGGUAUGCUUAA